AGCAUUCGGAGUGAGACGUCGAGCUGAGCGAUCGCAGCGGAGAACGAGGUGAGGUGGGGCCCGACAGUGGCCUGCGUCGCGCGUGCGGGGUCCUCCAUCGCGAGGGUGGUGGAGGCGUGCCGCGGGCUGGCUUCUGACCCGGGUGCUAUGUGACCCUGCUGUGCGUCCCCUGGCCGACGCCACGGCUGGUGACCAGGCCCUCACUGUCCUAGCACUCUCGCCGCAGAUGCCGGUGGCCGUGGGUCCCUACGGGCAGUCCCAGCCCAGCUGCUUCGACCGCGUGAAGAUGGGCUUCGUCAUGGGUUGCGCAGUGGGUAUGGCGGCCGGGGCGCUGUUCGGCACCUUCUCCUGUCUCAGGAUCGGAAUGCGGGGUCGGGAGCUAAUGGGCGGCAUUGGGAAAACCAUGAUGCAGAGUGGCGGCACGUUUGGCACUUUCAUGGCCAUUGGAAUGGGCAUACGAUGCUAAUUAGGGCUAGGAUGCCCUGCAAUACCUAAACUUCCCCAUCCAUUUCGACCCUUGUACAAUAAUAAAGUUGUUUUCUUCUCGUUA